AACACACACACACACACACACUUUGGAAAUUGGGAACAACGACCGACCUACCGGUUCAACUCACUGUCAGUCCAUCAGAGCCGCAACCUUAACAGCCUCCGUGUCCGAUAACAGGAGCACUAACUAUCCUUGAAGGGGCGCUCGUUUUGUGUUUUCUCCCCGAGUGGUUGACAGACAUAUCAUCAGCUCCCGGCGGGGUUUGAGCUUUAUCGAGCUAACCCAAGACAAUUAGCAGGUGAUGAGCAGCGGGGCCUGCUUCUUCUGGAUGCCCAGCUAAGGUUACCGACAGGGCACAGUGCUCCACCGCACCGAGAGCCUCCACGCUGCAGCCUGGGAUUCAUCCGGACUGCUCCCUGCAAGGACCCGGAGCUCUGCAGCUUUAUUGUUCGGACCCGGACUUCAUGUUGGCUCCGUGAGAGUUGGGACAAAGUAGCUAGCUAGCUAACGCUCGGCGUGCAAGUGCAUAUAUAUAUAUAUAUAAAUAAAAAAUACUAAAUAAAAGCAGCCUCAGUCGAGUGAAACACUUGCCAGCCUCGUCUGUGCGAUGGGUUUACUGUCACAGGGGUCUCCGCUCAACUGGGAAGAAACCAAGAAGUAUGCCGACCAUAUCAGAAAGCACGGCAUCAUUCAGUUCCUCAACAUCUACAACAAGGUGAAGGAGCGUCAGAAAGAUGUGUUGAAAUGGGGCGAUGAGGUUGAGUACAUGUUGGUGGAGAUGGAUGACAAGGACGAAAAGGUUCGACUCGUCCUGAAUGGUGGAGAAGUUUUGGAAACUCUCCAAGACCAGGGUGAAAACAUAAACCCCAAUCACCCCACGCUUUGGAGACCAGAGUAUGGCAGCUACAUGAUUGAAGGAACUCCAGGGCAGCCGUACGGCGGGACCAUGUCAGAGUUCAACACCGUGGAGGGCAACAUGGGGAAGAGACGACGAGAGGCCUCAUUGGUCCUGAACCAGAAUGAAACCCUCUGCACCAUCACCUCAUUUCCAAGGUUAGGUUGCCCAGGUUUUACCAAACCAGAGCACCGGCCGACCCCUGUUGAAAAGGGAGUGUCCAAGUCACUGUUUUUCCCAGAUGAAGCCAUCAACAGACACCCGAGAUUCAGCACCCUUACCAGAAACAUACGUCACAGAAGAGGAGAGAAAGUCGCGAUUAAUGUGCCAAUCUUCAAAGACAAAUGCACUCCCUCUCCAUUUGUGGAAGAGUUUCCUGAGGAUGAUGGUGAAGCUGCGAGAGCGGCUCUGCCUGAUCAUAUCUACAUGGACGCCAUGGGCUUUGGCAUGGGCAACUGCUGCCUCCAGGUGACAUUCCAAGCUUGUAGCAUUGAUGAGGCAAGAUACCUAUAUGACCAACUAGCGACAUUCUGCCCUAUAGUGAUGGCGUUGAGUGCGGCUUCGCCCUUCUACAGAGGCUUUGUAUCAGAUAAUGAUUGUCGCUGGGGAGUUAUCUCUGCCUCGGUGGAUGACAGGACACAAGAGGAACGUGGGCUAAAGCCCUUGAAAAACAACAAAUACAGGAUCUUCAAGUCAAGAUACGAUUCAAUUGACAGCUACCUGUCCAGCUGUGGCGAGAAGUACAAUGACAUUGAUUUGACGAUAGACGAGGAGAUCAACAAGCAGCUGCUCGAUGCAGGAAUUGACAAGCUGCUGGCCCAACACAUAGCACACCUCUUCAUCCGAGAUCCGCUCUCUGUCUUUGAGGAGAAAAUUCACUUGGAUGAUGAAAACGAGUCCGAUCACUUUGAGAACCUCCAGUCGACCAACUGGCAGACGAUGAGGUUCAAACCUCCACCUCCGAACUCCGAUAUCGGCUGGAGAGUUGAGUUCCGCCCCAUGGAGGUUCAGCUAACUGACUUUGAAAAUGCUGCGUACGUGGUCUUUGUAGUCCUGCUGACGAGAGUGAUCUUGUCCUAUAAACUGGACUUUCUGAUCCCUUUGUCAAAGGUUGAUGAAAACAUGAAGGUCGCACAGAAGAGAAACGCUGUCCAGGAGGGCAUGUUUUACUUCCGAAAGGACAUCUUUAAAGGCUGCAACCCGGGCCUCGAUGGCACUGGUUCUGCUCAGAAUGGCUUGGAGACUGAUGGUGGCAAUGAAGAAUACAUGCUGAUGAGCAUUGACACAAUCAUCAAUGGAAAGGAGGGAGUAUUUCAAGGGCUUAUCCCGAUCCUAAACUGCUAUCUGGAAAACAUGGAAGUUGAUGUGGACACCAGAUGCACUAUUUUGAAUUAUCUAAAGCUCAUCAAGAAACGUGCCUCAGGCGAGCUGAUGACCAUGGCCAAGUGGAUGAGGGAGUUUGUCGCGAAGCACCCGCAGUAUAAGCAGGACAGCGUCCUAACUGACAAAAUCAACUACGACCUGUUCAGAAAGUGCGACCGGAUUGCAAAAGGCGAAGAGCAGUGCCCCGAGCUCAUUGGAAACCCGGUCAACAGAUUCAAAUGAGAAGCGCCGCAGGAAAUGCAUCGUCAGCAUACAAAUUCGCAUGUAAAAAGACCAAAAUAUGUGGCUCAGAAUGAAAGUGGUCCAAUUUUAAGAGAAUGCAAAACAGCGUGUGUGUGUGUGUGUGUGUGUGUGAUGCAGGAAACACACCUGCAUCAAAAUGUAUGUGUAUAUAUACUGUAUCAGAUUUUUAUGAUUACAAAAUUAUUUUAAUAGGGUUAAGACAUGCAAAAGGUUGUGUAAUAGAAAUCAGAUGUGUAUUUAUUUUUACUCUGGAAAUUAAGCCUAUCUGUGUGAGAAUGUAAAUGUAGCAAAGAGUUGUACAGUAGUCUGCUUUUAAUCCUGUUAUCUGUAAAUACUGUACUUCCGCUCUUUAAAACAUUAACAUCAUGGGGGUUUUUGGGUUGUUGUUUUUUUUUUGCUGGAUAUGGGAUUUCUUUGCAUUUAGUAGACAUCUUUUAUUUCUUUUUUUUGCAUUUUAAGAAAUGUUUGUUUUGCUCUGCUGUCAGUGUAGUGGGACCCUGAAGGUAGUGUUGCAUUCAGUUGGAAAUGUUGAACCAUUGUUUGCGAUAUGAUGCUGCUUCAAAAAUAAAUCUGUAAAACGAUAAGUAAAUCAGUUUUUUUGACAUCUG